AUGUGGAGCCCAGAGGAAUCGAUCAAUCAUGCCAUUUUUGAAUGUCCACCAGCCCUUCAAACAUGGGCCCUUGCCCUAUCCUUACACCACCAGAUAUUUUUCCUUCCUCCGGCAUAUACACGAAUAUGGACUACCUGUUCUGGAGAAGACCCAAUAUCGAUAAUCGGAGAAGAGGAUUGUGACCCUUUCCCAUGGAUCAUUUGGUUUAUCUGGAAGGCCCGGAACGAGAAGCUCUUCCGUGGUAUAGAUAGAGACCCUCUUGGGACUGUCCGUCACGCAGAAGCUGAAUGCCGAGCUUGGCAUCAAGCCAACACCAAAGCUCCCCAGCCAUCAACGGCAGGGACCCAAGCCAGACGCUUACGAGAUGUAUGCAUUGUAGAUGGCUCAUGGCACCAAGAUCAAACACUUAGUGGUUACGGAUGGAUUUGGCUUGAUUCGGAAGGAAACCAACGUCUUUUAGGCUUGCACAACCAACCGAGACGCAUCUCCCCACUCCAUACAGAACUAGAAGCACUACUAUGGGCCAUGCAAUGCGUAGCUCAACACUCUAACGCUCAAGCUUUUGGGACGGAUUGUCAAGAUGUCAUUAAGAUGAUCGAGAAGCCAGAGGAUUGGCCAAAGUUCUCAACCGAACUUCAAGAGUUUAGCAGACUUCAGAGCCUCUUUUCUCACUUCUCUUUAUCUUUCCUUCCUCGUUCUUUUGUUACCAAAGCCGACCACUUGGCCCGGCAGGCUAGAUUGUUCACUAGGCCGCUUUCUUUGUUGGUUGUUCUAUUCCGGGGUGGGUAA